UUAGAUGAAAUAUUUACACAGUACAUACGGAUCUUAAUUAGGGUUUUAGCUCUGAUAAACCCUAGAACAAACAAACCCCCAAUUAUUUUGAUAUCUACUUUGAUUUUUCAAGCUGCAUCACAAUUACAAACAAUGAAUCAAACAAGGAGAAUUCUCAGCUCACUUAAACUCGCCAACUCGCUCUACUCGACUCGGUUCUUUACAACUCACUCACUCUCCUAUCAGGUAGCUCAUCUUUCUCCUUCAAUCUCAUCGCAUUUUGCAAUAUUUUACCCACCCAUUUGUUUAUUUACACAUCAAAAUGUGUUCUUUUCAUCGAAACCUGAGCCGAUUUUAGAGCUUGUUGUGUCUGAAGAUUGGUCAAAAAAAUUAGAACAAGAACUGUUUGAUACAAAACCUGAACUGAGCCAUGGGACUGUUAUUUAUGUUUUAAAGAGACUUGAUAAAGACCCAUUUAAAGCUUUCAAAUUCUUUAUCUGGGUUGUCGACAAAAAUGGAUUUGAGCCUAGUUCUGCAAUGUAUAGCUUGUUGCUUCAGAUUUUGGCUAGUAAUAAGUUAAUGAAAGAGUUUUGGAUUGUUGUGACAAAGAUGAAAGAGCACGGGUUUUUUAUCGAUGGGGAUACGUAUAAAACUAUUCUGUUGGGUUUUAAGAGUUUGAAGAUGAGUAAUGAAGUUGCAGCUUUUACCCAUUUUUAUAAUGGGAUGAUUCAGGAUAAUGCUGUGGAUAGUGUUGUGAAGGAGGUUGUUGAUGUGGUUUUGGGUUUGGAGUGGGGUGAUGAGGUUGAGAAAAGGUUGUUGGAUAUGAAGGUUUCUGUUUCUGAUAAUUUUGUUGUUAGGGUGUUGAAGGAACUUCGACAGAGUCCGUUGAAAGCUGUGAGAGUUUUUAAGUGGUUUACUGAGGGUUGUGGCUGGAAACAUAAUGAGGUGACUUAUAAUGCGAUUGUUAGGGUUCUUGGAAGAUAUGACAGUGUAAAUGAGUUCUGGGAUAUGGUUCAGGAAAUGAAGAGUGAGGGUUAUGACAUUGAUAUUGAUACGUAUGUGAAGAUUUCGAGGCGCUUUCAGAAGAUUAAGAUGUUAGAAGAUGCAGUCAAGCUUUAUGAACAUAUGAUGGAUGGCCUGUAUAAACCCUCAAUGAAUGAUUGUAACUUGCUUCUCCGGAGCAUUUCCGCGAUUAGUAAUCCAGAUAUGGAGCUGGUGUUUAGAGUUGCAAAGAAAUAUGAAGAAGCAGGACAUGCACUCUCGAAGUCCUUUUAUGAUGGAAUCCAUAGGUCACUGACUAGUGUGGGAAGGUUCGAAGAAGCAGAGGAAAUUAUGGAAGCCAUGAGAAAAGGAGGACACGAGCCUGAUAACAUAACUUACAGCCAGUUGAUAUAUGGACUUGGUAAAGCGGGAAGACUGGAAGAGGCGUGUAAGGUGAUUGAUGUUAUGGAAGCAAAUGGAUGUAUACCUGAUCUUAAGACUUGGACGAUUCUGAUACAAGGACAUUGUGCAGCUGGUGCAGUUGACAAGGCGUUGUUUUAUUUUGCAAAGAUGAUGGAGAAUGACUUUGACGCUGAUGCUGAUCUCUUGGACAUAUUAGUGAAAGGAUUCCUUAACCAGAACAAAACUGCUGGAGCAUACAAGUUGUUGGUUGAGUUGGUGAAAAAUAUUCAUUUGAGACCUUGGCAAGCUACCUUUAAAACUCUCAUUGACAAACUUCUAGGAGAAAGGAAAAUUGAAGAAGCCCUCGACCUUCUUAGGCUGAUGAAAAAACACAAUUAUCCACCCUACCCGGAACCUUUUAAUAAUUAUAUUUCAAAAUAUGGAACUGUGGAGAAUGCCUUGGACUUCUUCAAGGCUUUGAGUUCGAAAGAUUAUCCAGCUGUUUCGGCUUAUCAACUAAUGUUUCAAUCUCUCUUUCAGGAAGGUAGAUAUUCUGAGGCAAAAGAUCUUUUGUACAAGUGCCCUCUUCAUAUUCGCAAGCACAAGGCUAUAUGCAGCUUUUUUGGUUCUUUAGAGACCAGCACCACUGCUAGUACCUGAAAUUUUCUAAUUUGGGUCUUUAUAGACCAGCACCACUGCUAGUUUAUAAAAUUUCCUUGUAAAGUUAUUUCUUGUCGUGACUUCCUCAAUUUACUACAUGAUGCUUUCCUUUUUACUUCAUCUAUUGUUGUAGCUGACUAGCUGGCUUAGUCUGUGAAGAGCAUAUCCUUCUAGAUUUGUAGGUGCAAGCAUUGGGCAUAAUGUAAGUUUUUUGUUAUCUGUCUGAAGCGGGUUGCCUUGCUGAAGAUAAUAUGUAAAUGACAUUGAAGACAAAGAUUUGGCACGAAGUUAACAUUAUAUUGGAUCUUAUUAGUUUAGACAA